AAACGGAGUCUAAUGUUAUCUUCGCCGCCGCUCGCCUUCUCCAAGAGCAGUUGCGGUAGGGGCGCGGCCGCGGCUCUACUGAGAAUGCUCUCUCCUCCCUCCGUGAAACCCAACCCUAACCCUAACCCUAGUGGAUUCCCUCUCCCCAUGGCCUCGGGGGCGGAGAAAACCGUGACCCCUCACCACAACCACACCCUCAAUCUCUCCGGCCCUAACCCAUUCAUUCCGAGUCCCCGGACCCUCCAGAUCGCCGCGCCACGAGUCCUCUCUGGAGCCAGGGGAAUUAGCUCGUCGGUCGCCGCCUUGAGCUCGUCCGAGGCUGCGGACGGUCCGGCCCCCCUUCUCGUGGUAGUGUCCUUCUACAGGUUCGCGGAUUUUCCGGACCAUGCCGCAAUGCGGCAGCCACUGAAAGAUCUUUGCGAGGACGUGCGUGUCUCAGGAGGUAUUAUUCUUGCACCAGAAGGAAUAAACGGCAGCAUAUGCGGGACACCAGCAUCAGUGGAGAAGGUUUUGAAAUUUAUUCAGUCUGAUGAGCGACUGAAGGGCCUUAGAUUAGUGGAGUCACCUGUUAGUCCUGAGGAUGAGGCAAUCCACCAUGGACAUACUAGCCAUUCCCCCCUUGGUGCAGGUGAAGAUGCACCAUUUCGGUGGGAUCAUGUUCGAGUCAAGCUGAAGCAAGAGAUUGUUUCUUUUGGAGAUCCAAGAGUAAUGCCUACCAAGAUGGUAGGCCAAUAUGUAAAGCCAAAGGAUUGGAACACGUUGAUAAGUGAUCCAGAUACUAUGGUAAUUGAUGUCCGUAAUACCUAUGAAACUAGAAUUGGAAUGUUUAGAGGUGCAGUUGAUCCAUCCACCACUGCAUUCAGGGAGUUCCCAUCUUGGGUGGACCAUCAAUUUCAGUUGGUUAAAACAGAGAGCCACCAGUCAGAUUACACUGCUGAUAACAUAGGUGAACUGAAGGAGACUCAAAUACGAGAACGUACAAGGUUACCUCGUGUAGCAAUGUAUUGCACGGGUGGAAUCAGAUGUGAGAAGGCUUCAAGCUUUCUCCUUAGCAAAGGUUUCAAGGAGGUUUAUCAUUUGGAGGGUGGGAUUUUGAAAUAUCUCGAGGAAGUUCCAAGGGCUGAGUCUUUAUGGGAUGGGGAGUGCUUUGUGUUUGACAAAAGGGUUUCUGUUGAACAUGGAUUAGUGCAAGGAACAUAUAAACUGUGCUAUGGGUGUAAGCAACCUGUGAGCGAUGCAGACAUGGAAGCCCUGGAAUGGGAAUAUGGUGUUUCUUGCCCGCAUUGCUUCUCAACCAAACCAGAAGAGGAGAAGGAGAGGGCAAGGGCUCGGCAACGGCAGUUCGAGGCCUGGGGGAUUAUUGGUGGACCAGAUAAAGGUCGUCGCAAUCUUGACGGCGUGGUGAAACUUCUUUCUGGCUCACUGUAGCAUGGUUUGUUCCUGCUUAGAGUUAACUGUUGUUGGUUUUGUUACGACUGUUAUUGUACUUGAGCUCUGAUCAUGUUUAGAGUACACCCAAAGACCUUAAGAUUGUUUUUGGGUAUCGCAAUGUGCUAUGUGCAUGCUUGUCUGCCGAUGAUGUGAUGAUCAGGUAUGUAUUAUGAUAACGUAUUGAUGUGGCCACAAUGGAGUUGUUUCCAUCA